AUGGGUGCGAAGAUAGACCGGACUACAAAUGAUGGUAGGGGUCCUCCAGUUUUCAAGAUUUGUGGACAGAUUCACCACCGCAUUGGUUCUUUGUUGCCUGUGGAUGGUCGAAUUCCAAAAUUUAUCCAGCUAUAUGUAUACGAUACAUCCAAUGAGAUUCAAAAUAGGAUUGCUUCUUUAGAUCAUGGUGACGCACCACCAUCAGAUCUAGAUGGAGACAUUAUUCAGUCCCUGAUCACCAUGCUUGAUGAGCACAAUUCAUUUGCAAAACAAUUCAGAAUGGCUAGAGAUAGGUUGGCAGGUGAUGAUGUUGAAGAUUUUAUUAUCCGCAUUGUUGGUCCAAAAGAUGGAGAUCCACCUCAAUAUAGUUUACCAGCUGUUGAGCAGUUAGCAAUGCUUGUAGUUGGAGAUUUUGGCACUGACACAUUUGAGAGGGACAUUAUUGUGGAGAAACAGACAGGUGAGCUGCAACAGAUAUCUGCUCUACAUCCUGCUUUUAUGGCGCUUCAAUAUCCAUUAUUGUUUCCGUAUGCUGAGCGCGGAUGGCAGACUGGAGUUCUAUACACUGGUGUCAUAGAAUCUACACAGAAUGCUCGUGUCAAGGUUACAAUGCAGGAUUAUUACUGCUACCUAUUUCACUACAGGAAGAAUGAGCCCAAUCCCUAUCUGUGUUAUGGUCCGCUUUCAACCCAAGCUAAGGUUGAUGCUCGAGCAUGUGUUGAUGAAAAUAGAUUGAGGUACAUAGUGGAUAAUCAGGAUGAUAUUAGAAUGGAGAGUAUACAGGGCAUUUGUGAUGCUAUCAGUAAAGGAUCUACAGAGGGCAGUGAGAUGGGAAAGAUGACUGUGUUACCAGCAUCGUAUACUGGUGGAAGACGUUACAUGAUACAAAAUUAUCAUGAUGGCAUAGCUAUCUGCCGAGAAUAUGGCCCUCCAGAUUUUUUUGUUACAUUCACAUGUAACCCAAGAUGGUUGGAAGUUGUUGAGGCUAUUUUCGAACCAGGACAAAAACCAAAUGAUAGAAAUGAUCUCAUAGUCAGAGUAUUUAACAUGAAGUUGGAGGAACUUCUCAAAGAUAUUAGACAGGCUAGAACACUGACUUAUCCUGAAUUUCCUUCUAAAUGGGUAUGGGAUCAGAGAGAUAGGAGAUGGAGUAAGCGCAAACAGCGGCAUGAUAAAAUAGGUCGACUUCGCUAUGUGCAUCCCUUGGCUGGAGAACGGUACUAUCUUCGGAUGUUGCUACUCAUAGUUAAAGGAGCUACAAGCUAUGAACAUCUUAGAUUCCACAACAGAGUAUACUAUCACACAUUCAAAGAAGCUUGCAAGUCACGUGGUUUGCUCAGUGAUGACCACGAAUGGUAUGAUGCAUUUGAUGAAGCAGCAGCUUGGGCUACUUCGCCACAGCUGCGCAGCUUAUUUGUCACUAUGAUACUUUUUUAUGAAGUAGGUGAUGAGAACACUCUGUUUGAAAAAGUUUGGAGACAUCUAGCUGAUGAUAUCAUUUAUCAGUAUAGAGAUAUGAUUGGAGACCCCAGUUACCAAUUACCUGAUUCAAUGGCUAGAGACUAUCUUCUUGAUGAACUCUCUGCUCUUUUUUCUCAAAGUGGCAAGAAUAUAACAGACUUCAACUUACCGCCAAAGACACAUGCUGCUUAUCCUAUUCUACACAAUUGUUUUGUUGAAGAGGAGCUAUCACAUCCUCUUGAUCCAUUGAUCGAUAUGAAUAAUCCAACUGUUUCCCUUAACGAAGACCAGAAAAAUGCUUUCCAUAAAAUAGUACAGAGAGUUGAGCAGAAUGAGCCUGGUUUCUUUUUUGUAGCUGGAUAUGGAGGAACUGGUAAAACAUACCUAUGGAAUCGGAUAGUUGGUUAUCUAAGACGAAAGAACAAAAUUGUUCUGACCGUGGCGUCCUCUGGAGUUGCAGCGCUCCUCUUACCAGGAGGCCGUACCGCCCACUCAAGGUUCAAAAUACCUUGUGAGGUAGAAGAUGAUAUGAUUUGUGAUGUAAGUAGAGGUACCAUGCUCUCUGAACUAAUUGAACUCACAAGUCUGGUUAUUUGGGAUGAAGCACUCAUGGCUAAUAGGAAAUGUUUUGAAGCUCUUGACCGUACAUUUCAUGACAUUGAAAAAGUUAAAAAUCCUGAGAUCGCAAAUAUUCCAUUUGGUGGUAAGGUUGUAGUCUUAGGAGGAGAUCUUAGACAGAUCUUACCAGUAGUUGAAGAUGGUAGCAAACAGGAUGUUAUUGCUGCUACUAUCAUCGCCUCCCGUUUAUGGUCCCAUGUUGAAGUGCUAAGUCUAAAACAAAAUAUGCGGUUGCUUUGCUCACCAGAAGAUCCUAUUCAGCAGCAACAAGUGGCCGCAUUCAAUAAAUGGAUACUAGACAUUGGUGAAAAUAAAAUACCUACCCUUGCAAAGGAAGGAGAGGAUGAAGGAAGCUGGAUCACCAUACCACAAGAAUUCCUUGUAAGUCCUGCUGAGAACAGACUUGCGGCCAUUGUAAAAGCAAUUUAUCCUGAUUUCCAUGCUAGAUACAAAGAUCCCAUCUAUUUUGUACAGAGAGCCAUACUUGCUCCAACCAAUGAACUUACGCAUUCAGUCAAUGACUAUAUGGUUCCAUUGGUACCUGGCAGAGAGAAAGAAUAUUUCAGUUCAGAUACUAUUGCCAAAUCUACUGCUCAGCAUGAAGCAUACGACCUCUUAUAUCCAAUUGAAUUUCUUAAUUCCAUUAAUGGAAACAAUUUCCCGCAGCAUAGAAUUGUGCUCAAACAAGGAAUUCCGAUAAUGCUGUUGCGCAAUCUGAAUCAGAGAGCAGGCCUGUGUAAUGGAACAAGACUCAUUGUGACAUCUAUAGGAGAAUGGACUAUCGAAGCAAAGAUUAUGAAUGGUUCUCACGCAAAUCAGAGUUUUGCCAUACCACGCAUUACUUUAUCUCUCAAAAAUAAUAAAUACAGUAUGCAGCAGCCCAAGUUUCUCAAUAAGCUGGACAAAGGGAAACAUCCACAUGGUGUCAUUGUUCGAGUUGUGAGAAAAUGGACUCAUUAUGAAACUACGAGUCAAGGUGCCCCUCUAUACAUUGGCAUGGUUCUGGUAGAUGCAAAGGCCAAUGCUAUCUAUGCUGAAAUCUCUGAUGACCUCAUAAAUGAGAAGGAACAUCUUUUCGACAUUGGAAAAGUGUACAUCAUAAAAAAAUUUGUUGUGGAAGAUGCCAAAAGAAACUACAGAGCAGUUGAUUACAACCUGAUGAUUGACAUCACAGAAUAUACAACUGUUGAGGUUGUUACAAAGGUUCCACAAUCAAUCCCAGAAUAUGUUUACAAGAUCACUCCACUGCCAGCUAUAAAACCAACGCGUUUGGUCUUCAAUUUGACAGAUGUUCUUGGAUACCUUAUCAAAUAUGAGGCGGCUCAUACAUUCGUCCCAAAAAAUACUGAGAAGGCUAAAACACUCAGAGAGAUCUAUGUUAAAGAUUUAGGUGAGAAUGUGAUGAAGAUUACAUUGUGGGGUGAUCAGGCCAUAAAUUUCAACAUUGAUGCUGUGUAUGACAGUGAGCGCGAGAAGAUUUCAAGAACAAAGGUGACUCCUUACUCUCAGCCUGCAUCAAAAAGCAGAGAUGUGUAUAAUGGUCUGCAUCAAAAUAUGUAA